UAUUAUGCAUAAGAACCGUUCCCGCAUUUGUCGCCACUGUGUAAUUUCCCUCCAUUUGCUUCCACUCCCUCUGUUUUCCAUUUCUGCUCUUCUUUUCUUUUCCCCUUCUUUCUCAUUCUUCCUUCAUUCUCCAUCCUUUCAUAUCCUUUCCCGUUUCUGUUCUUCUCUGACUUCAUCACCAUCUUCAUUUUGGUCCAGUUUUCUCUGUUUCCGGCUUUCUGAACCCAGGUGCUGAAGUCUCAUGAUAUCCGACUGCAUUCAAUGAGACAGAAAACUUAAUUGAGUCCUUUUAAGCUCUGACAUCCUUUUAGAUGUUGCCUGGCCUUGAAUACUUGUUCCAAUGGAUUAAACUUCUAUAUCUGUUCUCACAUCACAAUGAUGCAGUGUUCUAGAACUAGUCUUUCAUGGAUCGAUAGGGUUGCAAACGUUGUUACAAUGAAAUGAAUAAACUAUUGCAGCGUUUUUCUCUAUACGUAAUGAGAGAAGUCUUUAGGAUUUCAAUAAGUAAUAAAAUAAAUUGGACAAAAGUAUGUCUUAUUGGUGCCAUUUUGACUGUUGGAGGCAUUGCCCUUCAAGUGUUGAUACUUCCUUAUCCAUUGCACACAUGGUUCGUUUCUCGACCAGCAACAGUUAUAUUAUAUGAAUCCAUGGAGGAAACCAUGGAAUUAAAUGAAACCCACAAGAAUAGUACAGAAAGGGUCCCAUUGAUACUGUUGAACUCUGUUGUCCUGCAAAAUGCUACAGAUCAAAUGGUUCAACUUGUUUCAGUGAAUCAGGAGAGAGAGACAUCUCCUAAAAAAAGAAAAUCAUCUAGAAGAAGGAAGCAUACCAAAUUGAAAGAGAAGCCAAUUAUUCUAACUCCUCCUCCUCCACCUAGGAGACCACCCUCUGCAUUGGAGAGGCAUGUUUGGUCCUUGAAGCCUGUGGAAGCACUUGCUUAUGCAAAGGAGGAGCUUAAGCAUGCUCCAACAGUAAUAGAUGAUGCUGAUCUGUAUGCCCCUUUGUUCUUGAAUGUAUCUAUCUUCAAAAGGAGUUAUGAACUGAUGGAACUGAUACUCAAAGUUUACAUAUACCGAGAUGGAUCUAGACCUAUCUUUCACACUCCCCAUCUGAGGGGAAUUUAUGCUUCUGAAGGGUGGUUUAUGAAGCUGAUGGAGGAAAACAGGCAGUUUGUCACCAAAGACCCAGAAAAGGCGCACUUAUUUUAUCUUGCAUAUAGUUCUCGUCAGCUGCAGACGGCUCUUUAUGUGCCUGAUUCUCACAACAUGAAACCAUUGUCAAUAUACCUGAGGGACCAUGUGAAUUGGAUUGCUGGAAAGUAUCCAUAUUGGAACCGCACACACGGCUACGAUCAUUUCCUUGUUGCUUGUCAUGACUGGGGCCCCUAUACUGUCAAUGAACAUAGAGAACUUAGCCAACACACCAUAAAGGCUUUAUGCAAUGCUGAUCUCUCAGAAGGGGUUUUCAAACUUGGGAAGGAUGUUUCCUUGCCAGAAACUACUAUAAGGACACCAAGGAAACCACUUAGGAAUGUUGGUGGGAAAAGGGUAUCACAGCGGCCAAUUCUUGCUUUCUUUGCUGGGAACAUGCAUGGGAGAGUCCGUCCAAUACUUCUGAAGCAUUGGAAUGACAAAGAUGAUGAUAUUAGAGUUUAUGGACCUUUGCCACUGAGAGUCUCCCGUAAGAUGACAUAUAUACAACAUAUGAAGUCAAGCAAAUACUGCAUAUGUCCAAUGGGAUACGAAGUGAACAGCCCAAGGAUAAUUGAAGCCAUUUACUAUGAAUGUGUCCCGGUAAUUAUUGCUGAUAAUUUUGUGCUUCCUUUUAGUGAGUUUCUUGAUUGGAGUGCAUUCUCUGUGGUAGUGGCUGAAAAGGAUAUUCCCAAGUUGAAGGAGAUUCUAACGGCUAUCCCAUUGAAGAGAUAUCUUACAAUGCAGAUAAAUGUGAAGAUGGUUCAGAAACACUUUCUUUGGAACCCAAAACCCCUUAAGUAUGAUUUGUUUCACAUGGUUCUGCACUCAAUUUGGUUUAGUAGACUGAAUCUGUUUCCAAUCCCUCGGACAUAAUACCUCUUUGAUCUUCUGAUUUGAAUGAAAAACUGUGUAGAACCGAAUGUCUUAACAGAGCUCAGGAGUUUACGGAAAAGAGUAAUUUACUGUGGAGUAAGAAGAAAGUUGUCCCAAGUUUGUUGCCUCGAUGUUGGUAUUGUCUUGAGUAGAGUCUAUAUAUAUUGUCAUCUUGAUAAUUAACACAACCACGCCUAAGGAAUAGAAUGGCACUCGGGAUUCAAGCAGCAUAUGUACAGCUGUGUGUUCCAGUCUCCACUGUACGAAAGACAAGGAAAAAGAAGACGUUGUCACUUCAUAUGCAAAUGCUGCAGCACAGAGGAAACCUUUGUAUUGUUGAAGAUAUACAUACACCCAUACACAUUAUACAAAGUAGAUACUGUAAGUUAAUAUUUUUCUUGGCGAAUAAAUUACUGUAAAUUUGAUGGAUUGGUUAAGUAAAUAAAUUGAUUUAUCAAUACAGAAUAAAGAUUUGAGGGAGCAAUUUACCAGAUGUAGACUACUUGCUUAUAUAGAUUUUAACGAACAUCUAGUAAGAUUUUCAUUUCUUUCA